AUGGCGUCUCAUUUGAAACUGUGUGCUGAAGAAGACCAGCAUGAUUCAUGCGAACCCAGUUUGAAAGAUUCUUCAGCAGCUUCAAACAACAAAGCAAUAAUGUGGAUUUCAUGUAGUCCUAUUUCAACAAGCGUGACGUUGGGGGAUUUUUCUAAAGAUUCAGAAUUAGAGGAACACAUUAGAGUCCAUAGUAGUGAAAAUCCAUAUUCGUCUGAAUGCUUCUCUAAGUCAUUUCCUGAAGCUAAAAACCUAAAACAACGCUGCGAAAAAUUGCAUUUGUGUGAACAUUGCUCCAAGGCGUUUACUGAAGCGUCACGCUUGGCGCGACACGUGAAAGUAGUACAUGGCCAAGAAAAACCAUUUUCAUGUGAAUUGUGCUCAAAGUCAUUUCUUCAUGCUUCAGUUUUAAAACGACAUUUGAGAAGCCACACUGGAGAAAAGCCCUAUUCGUGUGAACAAUGUUCAAAGUCAUUUUCCACCUCUAACGCCUUAAAGACACAUUUGAGGGUCCAUACUGGCGAAAAGCCGCAUGCAUGUGAAUGCUGUGCACAGUCAUUUUCUCAACGUGUAAAUUUAUUAGCACAUCUGAGGGUCCAUACUGGCGAGAAACCAUAUUCGUGUGAACAGUGCUCCAAGGCGUUUGGUCAAGCUUCACAAUUAAAGAGACACAUGAGAUGUCAUACUGGUGAAAAACCCUACUCGUGUGAUUACUGUUCGAAGGCAUUUCCUCAAUCUUCAAGUUUGAAGAGACAUGUGAUGGUUCAUACUGGCGAGAAACCAUAUUCGUGUGAACAGUGCUCAAAGGUAUUUUCUGAACGUUCGAAAUUGAAGGCACAUUUACGAGUGCAUUCUGGCGAGAAACCGUAUUCGUGUGAACAGUGCUCAAAGGCGUUUGCUCAAGCUUCACAAUUGAGGAGACAUAUGGACAUUCAUGAUCAAGAAAAAUCAUUUUCGUCUCUCAAAUUACACACGAGAAGUCAUACUGUUGAAAAACCCUACUCGUGUGAUUACUGUUCGAGGGCAUUUUCUCAGUCUUCAGGUUUGAAGAGGCAUUUAAUGGUUCAUACUGGCGAAAAACCGUAUUCGUGUGAACAGUGCUCUAAGGCGUUUGCUCAUAGUUCGCACUUGAAGAGACAUAUGACCGUUCAUGAUCAAGAAAAACCAUUUUCCUGUUAA